UCAAAGAGAGAAAAAGAUGAACAUUAAUUGUCUUGUUCUCUGUUUGUUUCUAAUUAAAAUGAGUUAAUUUAAUUGUUCUUUUUUAUUAAUUUUCCAAUCAAAUUAGUUGGUUAUAAUGUCGAUGCAAAGUUUUAAUUGAAAAAAAGAAAAUGUUCUCAACACCAAUACCAACAACGAGCUCUUCUUUCAAUACGAAUUACAAUAGUUACCAUACUUAUAGUGAUACAUCAUUCGCAUCAAUUUUCCGUUACUCAUCUUUACCUGCUGACGAAAUUAACGAUAUAAAUGAUAAUUAUUAUAGAUUUAGAAGUAAUGAUCGAAUUGAGAAGGAAACAUUUAGCCAGAUUAUCUUGCGACAGUUAAUUUUAUCCUUCGCAUUUUUAAUCAUUUUGUUUACACUUCCGAUCUCUAUUUGGUUUACAUUGAAGAGGGUUAAACCAUUGGAAAGGUGUAUUGUCUAUCGUUUGGGUAAAAGAUUACCUAUUAAAGGGCCUGGAUUAAUUAUUGUCAUCCCUUUGGUUGAUGUUAUUGAUUAUAUUGAUUUGAAUCCUCAUCGUUUUAAUGUUAUUGAAAAGGAUCAAAUGUUAACCACUGAUGGAUCUUUAAUUGAGAUUGUCGAUUUUAUCGUGGAAAUUACAGUUUCCAAUGUAAUUCGGACAUCAACUCAAAUGCAAAAUUCCCGUUCAAAUGUUGAACAAUUUAUCCAAUUAUCUUUCGUAAAUACAAUCGGUGGUAUUCAUGUUGAAGAUUUGGAAAGAAAAAUGGAAUUCAUAAUUAAACAAUAUAUGGAAACAUGUAAUUCUUAUAUUAAUAAAUGGGGCUGGUCAGUGGUUGUUAUCCAAUUACCAACAAUGAAAGUUUUAUCCAGAGCUGAGCCAGUUAAUCAUGUUGUUAAAGCUUUGAAAGGCUACUUUGGUAUAUCUGAUGGUCAAGCUAAUAAUUUAGUUAAUUAUAGCUCAAGUGAAUCAGCUAAUCAACCAAAAAGUAAUCCAGAUGAUGAAGUAUUGAAUAAAUUACAAUCAAUGGCUAAUAGUUACAGAUAUUUAAGUAUGUUGGGAGUUAAUUGUGUCACUAUUUCAUUAGAAAUACAAGAAGAUUCAUCAUGUUCAUAUUUUCAAUUUAAUCCUGGAACAGGAGAUGUGAUUCGAGUUGCUAAUUUACAGCCCGAUGAGAAAUCGCAAAUUAUUGUUAAAUCAACUACUUGGCUUAAUUUUAAUGAAGCAGUUGAUCAAAAGGAUAUUUCAAAAGUUCAAAUAAUCAACAAUUUAAUGUGAUCAAUUGCAUAUAUUGAUCGAUCGCUAACUAACUUGGUUACUAAUUGUGUCCAUGGAAAAUGCUCAACCAAAGAAAUCACAAUAAUCAAUACUCAUUUUUGACAACAAUCAAUAAUCACUGAAAUGAAUGCAUGAACUUCAUCAGUAUUUAAUUGAUUAAAUCAAUAUAACAUAUAGAAUCAAACAUGAUUAACACUGCAGACAUAAUUUAAAUAAUUUUACUACCUUUAAAAUUAAUGGUUGAAGUAACAAUUGGUCAAUCAUUAUUUUAAUUGUUGUAUUUUGUAUAAUAGUCAUUAAAUUAUAUUAACUUAAAUCGAUAAA